CACAGAGAGAGAGAGAGAGAGAGAGAUGAUUUAAUUAACACUCCGCGGUGUUACAGUGUGUGUGUGAGAGACAGUGUGUGUGUGUGUGUGUGUGUGUGAGACUCCGUGGAGCUCCGUGCUGCUGUGAUGUGACCGCGAGGCUGCAGGAGGUGAAACCGGUGUGAAGUGAGCAGGAUGGAGGAGAGCGAUCAGCUCCAACACAAGUCCAUUCUGGACGAGCUGACGGCCGACGGCAUCAACAUCGAGGAUGUGCAGUACUCUGCUCUGAGGGAGGAUCUGGAGUCUGACGCUCGUCAUUUCGAGUCUCCCACAUGGAGUUUAUCUGUAGAUCAGGAGUUUGUGAAGAACUUCUCUAAAGACGUGGUUAAGAGACAGGAUGUGAUCCACGAGUUGAUCCAGACGGAGAUAAACCAUGUGCGGACUCUAAAGCUCAUGCUGAGUGUGUAUCUGCGGGAACUGCGGGACUCGCUGCUAAUGGACGAGUCUCAGCUCGAGCGUCUCUUCCCUCGUCUGGACCGGUUACUGUACGAGCACCAGAACUUCCUGCAGAGACUCAAGUCCCGCCGCAGCGAGAGUCUGGAGACAGGAAGUGACACAAACUACUGCAUCAGUAACAUAGGAGACAUCCUCCUCACUCAGUUUUCAGAUGAUCUCAGGAGCAGGCUGCAGGACAGUUACGGUGUUUUCUGCAGUCGUCACACCGAGGCAAUGAAUUUCUAUAAAGACCAGCUACAGAACAAUAAAAAGUUUGCGAGUCUGAUCCGGAGAAUCAGUCAGCUGUCGAUCGUCAGGAGGCUGGGCGUGCCCGAGGGGAUCCUGCUCAUCACACAGCGCAUCACCAAGUACCCCGUCCUGGUGGAGCGCAUCAUCAAAAACACCGAGGAGGGCACACAGGAGUACAGCAAUCUGGUCAAAGCUCUGGAGAGCAUCAAGAGCACCAUCUCCACUGUGGACACGCAGGUCCAUCAGUACCAGCAGCUGCGGGACAUCGCCGCCCACUUCGACACCAAGUCCUACGGCACCAUGAGCAACCGCAAGAUAUUCCGCAAGGACGAUCUGCUUCAGAACGACCGCAGGCUGCUGAGAGAGGGGGUGCUCACCUGGAGACCCCCAAACAGGUCCAAAGUGGUGGACGUCCUCAUGGUCCUACUGCCUGAUUUCCUGCUUCUGCUGCAGGAGAAAGAUCAGAAAUACGUCUUCGCUUCUCUGGAUGGGAAGCCAGCUGUUCUUCCCCUGCUGAAGCUGAUUGUGAGGGAGGCGGCUCACAGCGACAGGACGUUGUAUCUAAUCUCAGCGUUUGAUAUCCAAGCCGAUCUGUACGAGUUCCACACGUCCACCGCUGAGGAGCGCAGCAGCUGGAGACAGCAGAUCUGGGAAACCAUCGAAAGGUGUCCGCAUGCGGAGGAGGAGCUGGUGGAGCAUGAAGACAUUUAUCCUGAUAAACUCAGAAAAGCUCACGACCAGUUGUUUGAGAAAGAUGCUCAGAUCGAGGAGAUCCUCAGGCAGAAGCUGCAGGUCUUUUCUGACCUGUCUGAGGUUCCACUGGAGAACUCGACUACAGUGAGACGUCUGCUGCUGCGAGGUUCUGCUGCUGAUCUCCAGCAGGGGGAGCUGCUCAUCAACGUCGCCAUCACACAAGCUGAGAGUUUACAGAUGCAGCUGUUGGAUGGAGAGAUGAACUUUACCGCUCCGUCUGGAGACAUUGACGAGUCCGAGCUGCGCAGAAGAUCACAGGUGUUACCCGCAUACAACAGAAUGGCAAAAAGUGGUGAUGGAUUUCGAUCCAGAGAUCAGAGACCAAACUCAGAUCCUCAUCUCAGAGACCUUUACCUCGAUCCGCUGGAGUUAUCUGCCGAUGAUGAAGGUGGCUUCACUUUUCCUCCUCCUCCUCCUCAGGUUUUCAGAGCUGAGUGGAUUAAGACUGCAGAUAAACUGAUCCGGACUCUGUACAGCUUGAAGGCACUGAUUGCUCAGCAGGACAGUGAGUUGGAGGUUCUGCGCCUGGCUCAGACAGAGCGUGACCGUACGCCCCGUCAGCGUUUCAGCUCCAUCCAGGAUCAGGAGCGACAUCGUCACCUGGAGAAGCAGCGUGAGGAGCUGCUCCGUCUGCAGAAGGUCCACACGCAGCACCGGGAGGAGCAGGAGGCCUGGGCUCGGGAGCGGCAGCGCCACCUGCUGGAAAUGCACGAGCGCGAGCAGGAGCUAAGCCGCCGCUUCGACGAGUGUACCAACAAGGAGGCGUGGCUCAUGGCAGAGAGGGACGUCCUGAGCCAGUGCCGCGAUGAGUACCAGCACAACCUGGAGCGUCUGAGGGACGCCAUGCGCACCAUGGAGAAGGAGAGGGAGAAGCUGGAGCAGGACAAGAGGAGGUUUAGAAAAAACAAGAACCCUGUGAACCUGGGCGGGCCUAUGCCCCUGGGUGGACCUAUACACCUGGAUAACACUCACACAACAAAACUGCCCAUUCCGUAUUCAGCGCCUGACGCCACACCCAGCACCAGAUCUCUCGCAGAGCCUCAAGAGCGCCCUCCACAGGUCCCUCCACGGAAAGAGAGCAUCAACGUGGCGCCGAGUGUUAAGGUGGACAUCCCCAUCCAGCUGCUGAGCACCACCAACGAGGCGCUGAUGUCCAGCAGCGUCCAGCAGCAGAUUCCAGCUAAACUCGCCAUCAGCAAAGGGAAGGAGAAGAACAAGAGCAAGAACUCGCGCGAACGUGUUUCAGCCUCAAUCGAAUUUUCUGAAGUUUUACCCAUUAAAGUGUCGGGAAAAGAAGGAGGAAGUUUACGAGCAGUGAGACCCGUGAGUCAAAACGCACUCACUGCAGUUCUAGAUGAACGCACUGUGACCUCGCGGCCAGCUCAGUUAGCCACCGCCCCCCGCAGUCCGCCGCCUUCACUGACGCCCAGGCCACCGCGCAGCAGCAACCAGGAGGACGUCUUCUUCCUCUAACUCAUCACACACACGCACUGAGACUUCACACACAGAUGCUGGAAGUUUCACACAUAAACACACACACACACACUGCUUUUAACUCCAGAACCUGAGAAGGGAAUUGAUUUGAACUUUUUAUUUAAAAAAAUUUUUUUUUUUUAACUCCGCUGACUAACAGCGCGUCCUGCAUACGGACGAAUAAAAAGAAACAGUGAGGACGCAGAGACGCACAGGUGUGUGUGUGUGUGUGAACGUCACAACUUGUCUUUGGAGAAAAUUUUAAUGAUAAGAAGAAAUAGAGAGAAUUUUUUUUGGGGGGGUCUAGUGUAAGUGUGUUUUUAAAACUUUAUAUUUUUUGCACAUCUCGAGACUUUCAGACUUGUGUUUUUAAAACAGUCCUGCUAAAUGAAGACGUGAGACGUUUGACGUCCCGCUUAGACCUUUUAGUAUCUGAAUUUUUAUUUUGUUUUAGUACUGUAAAAAAAGAAAAGAAAUUGAAACAUGAGAAACGUUUGGUUUUUGGACUGAAAAAUAAACUGAGAAAUUAG